AUGACAUUGCUGAAGAGGUACGUGGUGAGGAUGUUCAUAUCGCUAAAAUACAUAACGGCAAAUGUGGUGGACCGGAACAAUGGGCGGAUAGUGGCAAGUGCCUCGAGCGUGGAGAAUGCCCUGAAGAGCACGCUGGAGUGCAAGCGCACGUGCAAUGCCAAGGCAGCUGCGGUUGUGGGGGAGGUUCUGGCCAUGAGGCUGAGGGUUGAAGGUCUGGAGAAUGGGCAAGGUAGGGGAAUCCACGUGGACGUUGGCAAGGAGAUCGAGAGGAAAGGUCUCCAGAAUCGGACCAAGGUGUGGGCUAUUGUCAAUGCUCUCAAAAACAAUGGCGUCAAACUGGUCCUUGAGAAUGUGUGA